AAAACAGAAGAGAACAAGUGAGACCACACUUUAGUCCCGGAAGAAGAAUCUCAUACUGGACGAUCAGCCCUGGAGAGAGGACGUGAAGCAUGCAGGGAUACACGGUUGGUACCAGGUUACGCUACCAGCUGACUCUGGCCACGGGGAUGCUGGAAUGUCUGUGCUUUGCCGGUGUGGUGUUUGGUUAUGCCUCCCUGGUGUUUGUGCUGAAGGAGGACGGGUACUUCAGUCACCUGUGUGACACUGUCCCUGGCACCAACGGCACGCUGAGCAGUACAGACUGUAGCAGACAAGAUGAGAGGUUCUCUCUGGUCUUCACCGUCGCCUCGUUCCUCAACAACUUUAAUAUCAUCAAUGGCUACCUGUUUGAUCGAUUUGGCACCAUGGUGACCAGGCUGCUGGGAAUAUGUUUAUACACCACUGGAACCCUUCUUGUUGCCUUCUCGAGUGCAGCAUUUUCAGAGCUGCUUUUUCCAGCCUUGCCCUGCAUUGCUGUGGGAGGAAUUCUGCUCCUUCUAACUAACAUGCAGGUGGGAAACUUGUUCCCAGUUCACCGCUCCACCAUCAUCACGCUCUACAACGGUGCCUUCGACUCCUCCUCCGCUGUGUUUCUCGUCAUCAAGGUUCUGUAUGAACAAGGAGUCGGUCUUCGCUCCUCCUUCCUUGUUAUGUCCAUCUGCAGCAUCGUCCACCUGCUGAGGACCUUCCUGCUGAUGCCCAGAACCCACAUACCGUACCCUCCACCACAGUACUACACCUAUGGGCUGAACUGUGGAAAGGCCAACUCUUACAAUGUGGAGCAGCUUGAGAAGACGAGGGACGGUGCGAUGAAGGACAACACAACACCCGCAGCUGAGGAUGGGACAGAAGCCCAAGACUCUGCAAAAGGUACUCAACCUGGUUCGACAAGCUUCCGGAGCUGUGUGUUGUCUUGGUUCUUCCUGUGGCACCUGCUGUGGCUGUCCAUCAUGCAGCUGAGACACUAUCUCUUCAUCGGCACACUCAACCCCAUGCUCAACCGCCUGGCCAACAACGACCCCGACCUGGUGAGCCAGUACACCAACGCUUUCGCCAUGACCCAGGUGUGUGGAGUGCUGUGUGCUCCCUGGAACGGACUCAUCAUGGACAGACAUAAGGGAAAGCCUCUAGCUCCUGGAGAGAGCGAGCAGGAGGUGGACCUGCGCUCCUCCUCUCUGUCUCUGUUCCUGACCUCCCUGCAGUGCCUGCUCUUCUCCGUGUGCGCCACCAUUCCCCACCUCCACCUGCAGUAUCUCACCUUUGCUCUACAGGUCCUCAGUCGCUCCUUCCUCUACGGGGGAAACGCAGCCUUCAUUAGCAUCGCUUUUCCAGCCUGUCACUUUGGGAAGCUGUACGGCCUGCUGAUGUCCAUGUCUUCUGUCGUGUCUCUGCUGCAGUACCCCUGCUUCGCCCUCGUCACAGGAACUCUGGAUGGAGACUCCUUUUAUGUUGACAUUGCUCUGACUUUCCUCACGCUGCUGGUGUUCAUCCAUCCUGUCUACGUCUUCCUCCACUGCAGGAAGCUCACUCACCACAGGGCGUUGAAGGCGCAGACUGAAGCCGCUAAUGGCUCCAAAGUGGUUGAAACCAUGCUGUAAAGGGGUAAUAAUGCAUAAUGUUUUAACCUCUGUCUAGAUACUUGACUUUUCAACUUGUAAAACACUUUUCUGUCUCAUCUUUUUCAUUUGCGUAACUAGAAAAUAGAUCACGAUACAUUUUAUAACUUUUUCCUAUUGCGUUGAUAUUUUGAACGUUUUUAUAGAACAGAUGC